UGAUGUGUUCUAGGCCCUGGGCUCCUACUGUAGCGCUGGUCCCUUGCGGCACGAGUUGACCCCGAUUCUGGAUCGACGAUCGACGAUCGACUUGCACAAGGCUGAGACCGCGACUUGUUGGCAAGUAUAGAGGCAAUACAACGAUGCAGUAUGGCAAUACAGCAAACUCUAGACGUUGUACUACUCUUGUUCUGACUCUCUGCUCCACGACUCGCUCAAUCCCUCACUCACUGCUCCUUCGGGCAGCAGUCGCGCGCACCCGCAGGCACCAAAGGCUGGCUGCGACAAGAUCGUUAUUAUGGUCCGAUACUGGCAUGAGAGCAUGCCGGUUGUGCCAGGAAAAGGUCUCGGGUCGUCUCUGGUCCAGCACCGCCUCGAUCCUUCGUCAGCCUUGUGAUCAAAAAUUCCUCUCUACCAAAGGUCAGCACACACGAGACACACUCACGAUUCGCUUGUCAUCGCCGAAAGGAGCCAGAGAGCGCGAGCAGACGAAACCGAAACCACAGCCAGCGACCGACCGACCUUUCUUUGGGUUGGGGAUAUUACCCACUUUAUUCAAAACCACUCACCCUCACUCCUCUUCAUCCUUCAUGCAUAUAAGAUCACAUCCUGACGCUUUCGUCCCAUCCCUUUGUUGCAUGUCGCAGUUUUCAAGAUCUCGAUUUGAUUCUCCGUAUGAGCGUCGAAUCGUCAAUUCGAUUCGGGCAACCCUUGUACUUUUCUCCUCGAUCGAGCAUUUGAUUGGUUUGCAAUCAUCCAGCCUGCAUUGACGUUUCUAGUAAAAUUCUCCUAAACUUCAGCCUUGUGGGGUAAGGUUUAGGUGUAGUUCUGAUGACGGCGUGCCCACUUAUUCUUUGGUCCAGCCUCGUCAUUGUCCUAGGCCUAGGGCCUGAAGGCGGCUACGAUACUACU